CAACCUGUGUCAUUUACAGGCUCAGACCUGAGGGUGGUGCUGGUGGGUCAAGAGAAGGUGGGGAAGAGCUCAUCUGGAAACACCAUCCUGGAGAAGAAGGAGUUUGAGUGUCAGCUCAGCUCUCUUACCUUGAGGCUCAGGAAGGCUGAAGGCGUGGUUUUUGGCCGCCGGGUCACUGUGGUGGACACGCCCGGGCUCUUCAGCACCCAGCUGUCUGCGAGGCAGGUGAAAGCAGCUCUUCGAAACGCUGUGCAGAUGAGCAGUCCAGGUCCCCACGUCUUCCUGCUCACCCUGCAGCUGGGUAGGUUCACCAUGCAGGAGCAGGCGAGCAUGGAGGUGCUGAGGAAAAUGCUGGGCGCCAAAGUCUGCGAGCGCACCAUGGUGCUGUUCACCUACGGAGACCGGCUGGAAGACACCGACAUAAGCCAGCUCAUCAAAGAGGACACCAACCUGCAGGAAGUGCUGAGGAGCAGCAGCGGCCAGUUCCACGUGUUCAACAACAAGAAGAUGGGAGACAGGAGGCAGGUCGGGGAGCUACUCCAAAAGAUCGACCUUAUCUCACAGGACGGAAGCUCCUCCUUCAAGAUGGAGUCCAGGAUAGCCGGCAUGUCCAGGAGCUUCAGGAUCAUUAACCAACAAUGCUUGAGGUGUUAAGAAACUUCUUCAGCAUUAUGAGGAGGGGGGGGAUCCAAAGAAACCCACAGAGUACAAACACAAACUAACAGACUGGAAGAAAAGGGAAAACAAUGAAAAAUGAAAAAGGAGAAAAGAUCAAAAUGAACAGAUAAAUAUAUUAUAGGACUGAGGUGAAAGUCUGUUCAUCCAAAGAAUCCAAUACCUGAUCAUUCAGGUCCAGACUCCAACUCAAAGUGAAACUAACGUCUCUGAAAAACGUUCUGUGCAUCUAUCAUGCAAGAACGUUUACUAAAAGAUCCUCUCCAGAGGUUUUUUUCUGGCAAAUGUGAGAAAAAAAUCUGUGGAUCCAGUUUUCAGAAUUAAACAA